AUGGGAGGGAAAAUGAAGAUUGAGCCUGGUUUGAAACCCUCUCUUGGAGAUUAUUUGGAGCGGAGCCCAACUAGAGCCACGCUUGAAGAGGCGCUCAGUCCCAAGACCAGAGAGAUCGUACUUACGAAGAUCCAAGAACCUCAAAAUCUCAAAUCAGAGAUUUGCACUAUACUAUCGUUGAUGAAAAAUGCUAUUGAGCAACAAAGUGAGCCGCUUGUUAUUUUUGUAGGAAGUCGAGGUAAACUAGUCAAGCCUGCAAUGUGCUUCCCCUACUACGGAUUUGAAAAGAUGAAAGGUCCACCUGCUUUUAAGACAAGCGUGUUGUUAAGCCUUCUCAAAUGCGUAGCCAUGAAAAUGGAGAACGAGGAGAUCUGCACAAUACGUGAUGUUUUUUACCUGAAUGUGGAGCUAUACAAAAAUCAGCAGGUUGUAGCAGAAUGGUUACGUGCUAUCGCUGACGCAUUUGAAUUGCCACACUUUGACGCCCUGAGGAUUGUGGCGGCACAGAAGGGAUUAUGUUGUACUCCGGUGAACUUGAACUUCGAUGUGGACAAGGUUAUCUUAAAGAAUCAAAAAUCGCUUGUACCGUACUUGACGGCGGCAACUGAAUUCUCAGGAGAUUGGUCGCUUGUUGAACGAGUGAUUGUACUUGAAAAAGAUGCUAUCUUCAGUAAGCUGGCUGAAAACACACAGGUAAGCAAACGGUGCAUGCUUGUUACCGGAAAGGGAUACCCAGAUUGGCUUACGCGCUACUUUCUAUACAAAAUGAUGCUAAAUUGCCCUCCCAGCGUAAUUUUUGAAAUAUACACGGAUAGUGAUCCGUACGGGAUCGACAUUGCUGUAAAAUACAUGCAUAAUGAGUUGAAAGCCACCUACCAAUGCCCGAGGCUAGUCUAUAAAGGUGUUCUGAUCCAAGAGUUGAUAGAUAAUCGGAGCUCAACACGUGGACUCCAACUGCUAGACUUGUCGUUCAGAGAUCGAACUUAUGCCAUGAAUCUACUCAAGAGAAUCGCUGCAACUACCCUACGGAAACAAACUAAGCAUGCUUUAGUUCAGGAAGUACAGCGACAGCUUUUCUACCAAAAAAAAGCAGAGAUGAAUACUGUCAAUGGCGCCAACUUCGCAGAAUACUUUUUGGCGAAACUGAACGCCUAA